AUGAAGCAGAAGCUCGCGGACGCCACCAACAUCGACAUGGCCCCGACCGUAAUGGGGCGUCUAAGGGCGUCAGGCGUCGCGACUGGCUCGCCGGUCGUGUCCGCGGAGACCGCUGCGAGGCGCGAGCGCGAGCAGAACCAGAAGGGGGUGAAGUUGAUGGUGACGAGGAGCAAGCAGCAGCAGCACCUCUUCCACACGAAGCUCGGUACGCUCGUAUCGGUGGUUGAGGAGAAGUGUAGGGAAGACCCGGAUCUUGGUCUCCCGGGAGGAGGAGGAGGAUGCGGAGGUCGCUCUUUUCUGGAAGAUGACAUUUUCGACCAAUCACUGGCAGAGAAACAGCUGGAGAGCGGCAAGACCCUGAGGGAGUCCGGCAUCCCACCAGGCAGGGUCGACCUCCGCCUCGACGUAAAGGGUGGGAGCGGCGGCGGCGGCGACUGCGCUUCGGGCGCACCGAUAACCCUCAAGCUCCGCGUGGAAGGCGGCAAGGCGUUCAUGGUCACCACCACCACGGGUACCAAGUUCUCGGCCUUCAUGGAGGCCUUCAAUGAGAAGGUCGGGAUACCGCAAGAGCGCGCUAGCGAGUGCGUCUUCAAGUUCGAUGGGGACAAGCUCAACCCCGAUGGCACCCCGGAGGGCGAAGACAUGGAGCCGGAAGAGAUCAUCGAUGCGAAGUUCCCCGCAGACGUGAUGAACAGCGUCCAGGCAGCGCCAACCGAGCUGUCCUUGGCCGCGCCGAAGAAGAAGAAGGUCCCUCGGAAGGUUCCCGGGAAGGGGAAGGCCGCCGUGCGCAAGACGACAGCGGCGGCGUUGGCUGCGGCGGCGAAGCCGCUGGGAGGCGGAAGCGGGUCAAGGCCUACGAGGGGCGGCGGUUCGGGCAGAGUUACUCGCAGCAGGAGCGGUAGCGGUGGCGGCGGCGAGGGGAAGCAGCCCGAGGUGGUUGUGCUCGACUGACAGCAGACAUGGCGGAAGAUGGCUGUUGGUUGGUUUCGCGUUGCGCAUGCGGUGCCGCCCGGAACACGAGGGGGCGUGUGUCCAGAAAGUCUGGAGCAUGAGUUUCUGGAGCAGAGGGUCUCGUGAAGUGAGCGUUACCACAAAGGUGUCCGAUGUAUCUAUCUAAGACGAUUUCGCAACCGAGAGUUAACUAGGCCAGACCCGAGCAAUGAGCGGGCCAGGGUCGCUGCGACGAAAAACUAGGACGUUUCUAUCAACCUACCGUGCUCCGAGCGUGUAGUGCCAACCGCCGGUGGGUGCCGUGUGCGUCCUGGAACAUGUUCAAGAAAUGUUGUGUAUUGAUUGAAAGUUUUGCCGGGGACACGAGCAGAGAUAAGGAAAUGUACAGGACUUGGGGUCGUGCGUGUGCGCUGUGGCGGGAGCAGGGUUCGAGUCGUGACCGCAGUGAGACCCGCCCGAAAUGAAAGCCGUUCUGUCGCCCCCUGGACACAUUCUGGUCGCCACGCCAAAGAAGGCGUGACACCUAGAGUGGAAGACGCGCACGGAAGUCGUGCGUUUUGCCGUGUUUGUCUAUCGCCAGUCUGCAUUGUUACGGGGGGACAAA